AUGUCAUCGUCGACCGAAAACACCGACAUCUCGUCCGCAGCGACCAACGCCGGGAACGCGCCAAAUUUGAAUAGCCACGACAAGCCAUGCACCCUCUGCAGUACUCCACGACCUGUUCUCGUGCGCUGCCAGGUCGAUGACACCGGCAAGUGGCACUUCGUUUGUCCUGGGAAGUGCUGGACCUCUGUGUCCGGCGGCGUAGAGGAUGCGAAGGGGCUGGAGGGCAAGUACCCUUACUAUAGAUAUGGCGGCAUGUGGAAGAAUAAACACGCGGACGGUCCAUUGAGUGCAAAGAAGCCCAAACGAGUCAAGGAGAGGCAGAAGAGACAGAGAGCGCAGGGGAGAGGGGAGCGAGCAGCCCAGACAGAAUGCAACGGCGGCAACGAUAGUGAUGGUAGCGACAGGAACAGCAGCGACGGCCGUGGGGGCGAGGCUGGCGGCGAUACUGGAACACAUGAGAUCAGCGAGGAGACUUAUUGA